AUGCACAACGACUCUGCUGCACUCAAAAAUGAAGAUCACGUAUCCUAUCGCCCAGAGCUCGACUUUGACAUGGACCAAGACACUCAGGAAAAAGUGCCGCGAAGGCUCCGGUCUGCUCAGCAACAGGGGAAUAGCCAUAGAGACGAGGAGGACGUCGCGCCUGUAGAAAGGAAGGACGACGACUUCUUUGGUCCCGAAGAAGUGGCAGACGGUUCAGGAUUGUGCAGAAGGCAGCAAGGUCCUUCGCAAUAUGCGCCAUACAGUCCUCGGGACGAACCAAUGGACGAAACCCAAAACUUCGAUGAACACUACGACAUGCCCGGCACGUUCGAAACAAGUCAGGGUCCUGGAAGGGAGGAGACGCGUCGGUGGGGUGGUGGAAAGGACAAGCAACCAAGCCACAGGCAUGAUAGACGCAUGACACCCCUACCGCGCAAGGACGAUCAAUUCCAGAGGCUUUUGCAAGAAAAACGAAAUCUCGUAGCUGCACUAUCCCAUACCCAAACCGAAGUCUCUGCUCUUCAACGACAGAUGGAGGAUUUGCAGCGGGAGCUUCACGGCGCUCGGAACGCGCUAGCGAGGGAGCAGGCACAUCGUGAAGAGGAUCGCCACCUUCUCGAGACACGUGCUGAGGAGCUUCGUAGUGCCCGAACCUUUCUAACCAAAGACGACACGUACUCUCACGCUGAUAUCAAGACCAUGGUCGAUUCGCUGAACUCUGAGAUCAUGCAACUCGCCGCAUUCAUGUCGGACAGCUUACGCUUCAGCGAUACCCCACUAGAUCUCUCUGACCAGGAUACAUGUAACGCGAUCAACCGCGCUAAAUUUUCCCUUGGUGAUCGCAUGGUUGCAUUGCAGGCUACCAUGGCCCGUAUCUGUGAAAGCAUGAUUCAGCGCUGGCAUCAAGAAACCAAGAUACAUGACAUGUUCGUUCAUCUAUACAGCAACAUCAAGAAAAACAGUACUCCGGCUGUAGCUGGGCGAUGGAGGGCCAUGACCAGAGCCGAGACCAAGUACACCUCCGAAGCAGAUGUCCAGCAGCUGUGCUGCCAUAUAAUGCUCACCCAUAUCUGGGCAGUCCUGCGCGUCGCAGGGUGGAUGGAGCCUGAUGCGAAACCUGUCCUUGAAAGGGACUUUGGUGGCCGUAUCCUUGAGAUAUCCAAGCUGAUGAAACGAGUGGAUCAAGCUAUCGGCGAAGGCAUCACUUCCGAAGAGCUAGCGGUCUAUGUCGUCGAGUGCGACACGCGCUUCAAUCCUACGUCGAUGGUGGAUGCGAAUCACAACCCGAUGUCAGAGAUGAUCACAGAUGAAGAAACUGCUGUCGCGUGUACUUCCGAUCUUGGCCUGAGAGUGACGAGAAAAAUACAGGCUUCAUCUGAUCCACAGGUUACGAAGAUAGAGACGACAGUUUUGAUGAAAGCCAACGUUGUUCUCUGGUCGACGUUGGUAUCCUAG